AUGGCCCAAGGCUUCACCAUUUGUAGUUUCUCAGAAUCCACGUCUCCCUUUUAUUCCUUUUCCUACCAUCGUUUCUCACCUCCCCUUAACUCCAUCAUGUUCCCAACACCCCCCGAACCUGCUUCCCCGAAGGCCACCAAGGCCCUGCUAGUCAGUCUCAGGGUCUUCACUCCUCCCCACUCCCGGGUCUACGUUAAGCGCUCAUCGUGGGGCCCAUUGAAGUCCAGCCUCAUUCCUGGAAACUGCCCCUUCGCCUCGUGGCCUCAGAGUGCUGGUCCCUGCUCAGGGCUUUGGACACUCCUCUUCAUCAGACAUGACCAAACACAGCAGCAGACCCCUGGUCACCUCUCCCUGGCUGGACGGCUUUGCAUGAGUCAUCUAAGUACUCUCAGCUUUAACGCAAUUAGCCAGUGA